CUUGUUUUUUUCCUGCGGCCGCUGCUUGCGGAGACCGAAAUCCGGGGGAAUGAUGUGCGGCUGCGGCGCCUGGGAAGCUGCUCUGCAGCCGAACCCUCGCUGACGGUCCCUCUUUAUAAGCGGGCUGUCUGGCAGCGGCUCCUGCAAAAUCAGGGUUUGGUGAAUCUUGGUUUCUAGCACAGCUGUGCAUGAAAGCAGAGAACAAACGUUUGAAAUAACAACUGGAAGACCAUUAAGCAGUUGCUAUGGACCCUAAGGAUUUUUACCUGUUGGCCACCAUGGUCACAUUCUGUUGGCUAGAUCCAGCUAUUGCCCAAGAAUUAAUCUACCCUAUUAGAGAGGAAUUGCAGGAGAAUACUCUCAUUGGAAACAUACCAAAGGAUCUGAACAUUUCCCAUACGAAUGCUGUCACGGGAGCGAGUGCUAAUCUGGUUUAUAGGCUGGUUUCUAAAGCCGGGGAUAACCCCUUACUCAGAGUUUUGAGCAGUACAGGAGAGAUCUUUACAACUUCCAACCGCAUCGAUAGAGAAAAGCUCUGUCCCAGCCCAUCCAAUGAAGAAAAUGAAUGUUCUUUUGAAAUCGAGGUGGUCAUCCUUCCAAAUGACUAUUUUAGGCUGAUUAAAAUCAAAAUAAUUGUGAAGGAUACAAAUGACAACGCUCCUAUGUUUCCUUCUCCCGUUAUAAACAUUUCCAUCCCGGAGAAUACGCUGAUUAACAGCCGGUUUGCAAUCCCUUCCGCCACUGAUCCGGACACCGGCUUCAACAGCGUGCAGCAUUAUGAGCUUAUAAAUGGGCAAAAUGCCUUUGGCUUGGAUAUCGUGGAGACGCCUGAGGGGGAGAAGUGGCCACAGCUGAUCGUGCAGCAGAACUUAGACAGGGAGCAGAAGGACACCUAUGUGAUGAAGAUCAAGGUUGAAGAUGGGGGGAGCCCCCGCAAAUCCAGCACGGCCAUCCUUCAGGUCACUGUGACGGAUGUGAACGACAACCGGCCGGUUUUCAAAGAAAGCCAGAUGGAGGUCCAUAUACCGGAGAAUUCCCCAGUGGGCACCUCUGUGGUGCAACUGCAAGCCACGGAUGCAGAUAUCGGGCCCAAUGCUGAGAUCAGAUACGUUUAUGGAACCCAGGUUUCAUCGGCCACUAAAAGGCUUUUUACAUUGAACUCCACCACUGGCCUUAUAACGGUGCAAAGGCUACUGGACAGAGAGGAAAGCGGAAUCCACAAAAUUGCAGUGCUGGCCAGUGACGGGAGCUCUAGUCCAGCUAGGGCCAGUGUUAUUAUUAAUGUAACGGACGUUAAUGAUAAUCCUCCAACUAUAGAUCUGAGGUAUAUUAUCAGUCCAAUUAAUGGCACAGUUUUCCUGUCUGAGAAGGACCCCAUUAAUACCAAAAUCGCUCUCAUUUCAGUGUCGGAUAAGGACACAGAUGUCAAUGGGAAAGUAAUUUGCUUUAUUGAAAAGGAUGUCCCCUUCCACCUUAAAGCCGUCUAUGACAACCAAUAUUUGUUGGAGACGUCCUCACUGCUUGAUUAUGAGAGCACCAAAGAAUAUAACUUUAAAAUUGUAGCUUCGGAUUCUGGCAAGCCAAGCUUAAAUCAGACAGCUUUAGUCAGAGUGAGGUUAGAGGAUGAGAAUGACAACCCCCCCAUUUUCACUCAGCCCGUAAUCGAGCUGGCAGUCAUGGAGAACAAUAAAAGGGGCUUGUUCCUCUCCACCAUCAGCGCAAUGGAUGAGGACAGCGGAAAGAAUGCAGAGAUUGUUUACCAGCUCGGACCCAAUGCCUCCUUCUUCGACCUUGACCGAAAAACGGGGAUUUUGACAGCUUCGCGGGUCUUCAACAGAGAGGACCAGGAACGCUUUCUGUUUACAGUGACGGCGAGAGACAAUGGGACACCCCCGCUUCAAAGCCAAGCCGCCGUCAUCGUCACCGUGCAGGAUGAGAACGACAACAGCCCCAAGUUCACCCAUAACCACUUCCAGUUCUUCGUGUCAGAGAACCUGCCCAAGUACAGCACAGUUGGGGUGAUCACGGUCACUGACGCCGACGCUGGAGAGAAUGCCGCUGUGAUGCUCUCCAUACUGAAUGACGAUGAAAACUUCAUCUUAGACCCCUUUUCUGGAGUUAUAAAGUCCAACGUGUCUUUUGACAGAGAACAGCAGAGUUCUUACACCUUUGAUGUCAGGGCGAUGGAUGGUGGGAGGCCACCUUGCUCCUCGGCAGCCAAGGUGACCAUAAAUGUCAUUGAUGUCAAUGAUAACACCCCCAUUGUUAUUUAUCCUCCAUCAAAUACUUCGUUCAAGUUGGUGCCCCUGUCUUCUAUCCCUGGGUCAGUUGUGGCUGAGGUCUUCGCAGUGGAUGGGGACACGGGCAUGAAUGCCGAGCUGAAAUACACCAUUGUAAGUGGCAACAACAAUGGUUUGUUUAGAAUCGACCCCGUAACGGGAAACAUUACCCUGGAGGAGAAACCUUCAGUCGCUGACAUUGGUCUGCAUCGGCUGGUGGUUAACAUAAGCGAUCUUGGUUACCCAAAGUCACUCCACACACUGGUUCUGGUCUUUCUAUAUGUGAAUGACACUGUGGGCAAUGCCACCUACAUUUACGACCUCAUUCGCCGAACCAUGGAGACCCCCUUGGAUAAGAACAUCGGGGACGGCAGUGAGACUUACGCCAAUGGGGACUACUUGACGAUUAUGAUUGCUAUUAUGACGGGGGCCAUGGUUGUGAUCGUGGUCAUAUUCGUCACUGUUUUGCUUCGCUGUCGCCAUGCGACGCGAUUCAAGGCGGCGCAGCGGAAGAAGCAGGGUGCCGAGUGGAUGUCCCCCAAUCAGGAAAACAAACAAAACAAGAAAAAGAAGCGAAAGAAACGAAAGUCUCCCAAAAAUUCCCUGCUGAACUUCGUCACCAUUGAAGACACCAAGCCCGAUGACCCAAUGCGCAAACCCAUUAAUGGCACUAUCAGUCUUCCGGCCGAGCUGGAGGAGCAGGGUAUGGGGCGCUUCGACUGGCGAACGACACCCACGUCCACCUUUAAACCCGGCAGCCCCGACCUAGCCCGGCACUACACGUCGGCCUCGCCUCCCUCGGCCUUCCACCUCAAAGCCGACACGCCCGUGGCGGUGAAGAAGCACCACGUGGUUCAGGAGCUCCCGCUGGACAACACCUUUGUUGGGGGCUGCGAUACCCUCUCCAAGCGAUCCUCCACUAGCUCAGACCACUUCAGUGCCUCUGAAUGCAGCUCCCAGGGAGGAUUCAAGACAAAGGGGCCGCUGCACGGCAAACAGGGAACUUUACCAAGAGCCCGUACUGAACUGAACCCUGAAUAUCUGGACCUCAGAUCCAGGACCGAACUGAAUCCUGAAUACUGGACUCCCUGCACCCCUUUAUCGCAGCGGCGUGUAACCUUCCACCUGCCCGACGGCUCCCAGGAAAGCUGCAGUGACAGUGGUCUAGGAGACCACGAGCCAGUAGGCAGUGGAACACUCCUCUCACAUCCUCUCCCUCUGGUUCAGCCGCAGGAGGAUUUUUACGAACAGGCUUCACCCGACAAACGGACUGAGGCAGACGGCAACUCUGACCCCAACUCUGAUGGGCCCCUCGGCCCCCGGGGGCUGGUGGAGGCCACGGAGAUGUGCACUCAGGAGUGCCUGGUGCUGGGCCACUCAGACAACUGCUGGAUGCCACCCAACCUUGGGACUUAUCAACAGCCCAAGUCUCCCAUUUCUGCCUUUGCCAAUCAAAAGGACUGGGCCAAAGACAAACUGCUGAACGGCCACACGUUGACAAGGGCCUGGAAAAGUGAGGGUGGCCGGGACCAAUUUGAAGAGCGGAAGAAGUUCGGGAGUGCCGAAGGACAGUUCACUCAAGGCAGUCACAUGACAGACAUUCCACUUGCUAGCUUGAAGUCGUAUAAACAUGACUCAGGUGCUGACAGCCCAAAGGAACAUCAGUUAUAAGAGUGUUACCACUCUGAUGACUGUAUGGGUCAGGCAGUGUGAGACAUUACAACAUUUUAGUUUACCUGACACUAUUACUUUUUCUAGUUAGAAACAUGUACCAAGUAGGCCUCUAGACUUGUACUAAUGCAGGAUAUAAGCUGUACAAAUGUACUUUGUUGACAAUACAUGUGAUAUUUUGCCAAAUUAUCGGCACUGGUUUUAGAAUCAUCAUUUAUUUGAAGGUCAAGAUAUGAUGUGAUAAGCUCCAAUUUAUUGGUCCCUCUUGUGAAUUUAUGAUUAAGCUGGAAAAAAGUUAUUAUGGUUGAAUAGUAUAUUCAAAUAUCGUGACGUGGUUGUUAUUGAACUGUUUUGGGAAUAUAUUACUCCACACAUACAAAGAAAAUGGGAUUAUGAUUAAGACAGCAAUGUGCUAUUAACACUGUACGUGAACACUUGUUUAGUCUGUCAUUGUUAAAUUGUUUGUAAAUAUAUCAAAUACUAACCAACAUUAUUUACUUGUAAUAAUAAUAUGCUACCCGCACCAUUUCAAUGUUGAUUCAGUUAAACAAAUUGUUACUAUUAAUUUUGUUUUUACUAUUUUGUUUCCUGUUGGUAAAUUUUACUCCAGAUUAACUGAAUAACUGAAUAGUUUAAACAUUUUUGCUAAACAGCAAAAAGGCCUUUAAAGCUUCAGUACAUUUAACGUAAAACUACAUUGCAGUAGAUAUCCCAAAUCUUUUAAUAAUUAAAACAAAUAUAACAACAAACUUAUUUUUAAUAAGUGUUUUGUGAUAUCAACAAAUAUCUAAAUUUCAAUAUUUCGUUUUCAUGAGGAAUACAAGUAACUCACAGGAAACAAAGCUAAAUUACUACCUUCAAAUGGGAAAUACACUCUAUUGAUUUAUUGGUGAUUAUUUUUGUUAACAGAUAUCAUGUAUUGUGCCUUCAUGACAUUGUACCAGGCAUUGUGCUGACAUAGGUUAUUAGAAAUAUUUGGUGUUUUAUGCCUUGUUCAGUGAAUGUUUGGCAGGUACCAGAACAAUAUUUUAUCAAGCAAAAAUAUCACAGUAUCAUAAAUGAAAAAUAACAUGGUCACAGAGGCAUGAGCUGCAAAAACUACAAAAUAACAAAAAAAACUAAACAAAAAAAGGCAUGACAGCCAAUUUAACAAUGGAACAGCAUGCAAAAAGAGAAAUGACUACAUUUACAAGUUAUGUUGCAUCAUAUGCAUAUUACAUUUUAAACAAUUAAUUUGUACUUCGAAGAUCUGUUCACUAUGUACAGCACAUUCAUGUUUUAUGUCACAGUAAAACGUGGGAUGGAGUGAAUUGCUUAAUGCAGUAUGUUCGUCAGUUGUUGGGUUGUUCGACAUCAUAGGUAUUUAAACAGCUAUUGCAAUAAAUGUUUUUAUUAUGUC